AUGCCUACGAGCUACCUUAUCCGCCGUCUAGUGGAGAAUGGAAAAGAGCUUCUUGUCGACAUUCCUGUCGAUGAUCGAAACCGGCUUCAACCAGACCUUCCUUCCCUCAAGGGGCAGGAUUCGACUUUGGAGGCCGCAAUUGUACUGGUCGCCCGUGACAGCGCUGCUGAUUUUUUGGAGGCAGCGGAGGGCCCCACACGGCCCAACAGGCCCUGGAACUUCCCAGUUCGAAAUAUGCUGGUUUUUCGAUAUCUCUGUGCAAAGGUUUGGGACUUGGACAAGAACAAAGGGUUAGCAAUCCUCCCUUAUCAUGAUGUGGAUCGGAUAUUGAAGGCGAUUUUGGAGACAAAGGACUUCGAAUUCUUCGAAAAGGCUGCAUCUCAGACUGAGGGCCGAAUGUCGUCGAGCUUCUUCUACUGGGCUGCAGGAAUGAUCAAGGCUGGUAGCUUGGCCAUGAUGGAUAUCGAGAAGGGGCUUGUCGCCGCAAUUUUGAGAUACCCAUGA